AUGUGUUAUUGCUACCCGAUUUACCCGCCCCUCUCCACUACUCUCUCCUCCCUCCCCCCUCAGACAGAGAUCAUGGUGAUGACGGCUCUCCGCCAUCCCAACGUGCUGCGGCUGCUGGGGAUUGCCAUGUGGGGGCAAACCAUUUCCAUGGUCUCUGAGUUCGUCCCGGGCGGGGAUGUUUCUCAGCGGUUAGAGAAAGCAGCCAAGGGCAUAGAGCCCUUUCCCUGGAAGGACCGGCUGAGCAUAGCGGUGGGGAGUGUGGCGGGGCUAGCAGCGAUCCACAAGGAGGGCUUUAUCCACCGUGAUUUCAAAGCUGCCAACGUGCUUCUAACGAAGGACCUCGUGCCAAAGGUGGCGGAUUUUGGGUUAGCCAAGACAUGCCAGGACAGGACACAUGUCACGACACGAGUGGCCGGCUCGCAGGGCUACAUCGACCCCUCAUACUUUGAGACAGGCUUACUGACAGAGCACUGUGACACCUUUGCGUGGGGCAUCUUCUUGCUGGAACUCCUCUCGGGCUGCUGUGUAAAUGACCGACCGUUUUCACAACUGCAAAACCUCGCCACCGAUCCCAAUCUCUCAGACUACUCCCAAGUGGUGGACAAGAGUCUGGAGGGGCAGUGGAGCGAGGAGGAGGUGCGAGUGGUGGUGUUUGCGAUAUCCAGCCAAUUGGAGAGCAUGCUUUUGCCUCGCCUUGCAGCAAGCACCGCCCACCGAUUUCUCCAGCGCGCCCCGCCACAAGCCGCUUCCAAGCUGAGGAAGGUGGCUACGAGCCACGUCUGCCUAGCCGGAGCUCCGUCUCUGGUUGCCUUUUCCGAGCCAACUGCUCUGCGCACUCACCUCACCAAGGCUGUGUAG